AUGUCAACUAACGUCAGUAACUUCAACAGUACCCUGCUGCCGUCGGUCACAGACUACUAUUUUUCUGCGCUUGUAUUCGGAAUAUUGUUGAUUAUUGUCAUAAUUUGUGGAAAUGUACUUGUGUGCCUUAGUGUAUACAUGGAAAAGGCUUUAAAGACUACAACAAAUUAUUUCAUCGUCAGUUUGGCAGUUGCGGAUCUUUUGUUGGCUGUGUUGGUUUUGCCACUUUUUGUGUACACAGAGUUUCAGGGUGGCAUCUGGUCCUUAAAUAUGGUCGUCUGUGAUGGACUAAUGACCAUGGAUGUAAUGCUCUGUACGGCCUCCAUAUUCAACCUGUGUGCAAUCAGCGUCGACAGAUUCAUUGCCGUUUCUAUCCCUCUCAAUUACAACCGGAAGUAUGUUGACCAGCGGCAGAUCAUUCUGCUCUCCGCCACUUGGCUUCUGGCCUUGGCAGUGUCAUCCCCCGUCAUCUUUGGAAUCAAUAAUGUCCCUCAUAGAGACCCCAGUGAGUGUAAGCUUGAGGAUGACAAUUAUGUGGUAUACUCCUCUGUUUGUUCUUUCUUCAUUCCCUGUCCCAUCAUGCUGCUGCUUUACUGUGGAAUGUUCCGUGGCUUGCGUAAGUGGGAAGAAGCUCGCAAGGCUAAACUUCGGAAUAGCAUCCAGGCCUGCCGAAAGCUUCAGCACGCCACAGCUGCCGCUGCCCUGCCGCCCCUGUCGGGUCUCCCUCCCUCUUUGCCCCGGGUCAUUGAACGAGACCUGGCCCAGACUAGUUUUGAGGAAAUGGAUGACUACCCCCCACCAGCCUGCCAUUUUCCCUCAGAGUAUAAGAACACUCCCAUCCAGACUGUUGCCUAUGCAGACAUGCAGUAUGUCCAGACGCCUCAGAGAAAGAGAGCCAAGAUAAAUGGUAGGGAGAGAAAGGCCAUGAGGGUACUACCUGUUGUUGUUGGUGCCUUCCUCUUCUGUUGGACUCCUUUCUUUGUUGUUCACAUCACCAGAGCCCUGUGUGAGUCAUGUGACAUCUCACAGCACCUCAUGAGCACUGUCACUUGGUUGGGAUAUGUCAACAGUGCGCUCAAUCCCAUCAUCUACACGGUCUUCAAUACAGAGUUCAGAAAGUUUUUCCGCAGAUUUCUUCACAGCUGCUGCUGA